UACGGAUUCUCAUCACUGGUUGACCAAAACUCAACUCUUUAAAUCUCCCCCCUCCCUUCUUUCCUCAAACUCCACAAAAACAACAACAAGAACAUACUUUUGCCUUAACUUAAGAAAAACAAUUUAACAUUAGUAUAAUUUUCCCUUUCCUUGGACUUCUAGAAACAUGCUUCUCAAACAACAUACUACAACUAAUAUUCUUUCCACCACAGUUUUGUUGCUAUGCUGCUGCAUGCCUCUCUCCCUCCCCACCGUCCCAAUCCCGGUUCACGGCCGCUUCACCUUCGACGGCAAUGAAUUCGCUGGCCGCGAUUUCGGCAACCAGCUCCAUUCCCUCCCCUGGGCCGUCCUCCACCCUAAGAAGGUCUCCGACGUGGCCUCCACCAUCAAGCACGUCUGGCAUAUGGGCCUGGCCUCUGCCAUGACUGUCGCCGCCAGGGGCCACGGCCACUCCCUCCUGGGACAGGCGCAGGCGCCCCACGGGAUCGUGAUCAGCAUGGAGUCCCUCCGCGGCGAGAUGCAGGUGGUGAUCAAGGGGAAGUCCCCCUACGUGGACGCCCCCGCGGGCGAACUCUGGAUCAAUGUGCUCCACCACUGCCUCAUACACGGCCUCGCCCCCAAAUCGUGGACCGACUACCUCCAUCUCACCGUCGGCGGCACCUUGUCCAAUGCCGGGAUCAGCGGCCAGGCAUUCCGGCACGGCCCUCAAAUCAGUAAUGUCCACCAACUCGAGGUCAUCACAGGGAAAGGGGAAGUGGUGGUUUGCUCCGAAGAGAAGAAUGCUGACCUCUUCCACGGAGUUCUUGGCGGGCUCGGCCAAUUCGGGAUCAUAACCAGAGCAAGAAUCUCCCUCGAGCCAGCGCCUAAACGCGUCAAAUGGAUCAGAGUCGUGUACUCGGAUUUCGCGACGUUCGCGAGAGACCAGGAGAGGCUCAUAUAUGCAGAGAAAACAUUUGACUACAUAGAAGGUCUGGUGAUAGUGAACCGGACCGGUCUAAUCAACAACUGGCGAUCAUCGUUCGACCCACAGGAUCCAGACGAAGCCAACCAGUUUGUAUCAGAUGGGAGGACUCUCUUCUGCCUUGAGCUCACCAUGAACUUCAACCCCGACGAAGAAGCUCAUAUAGAUAAGGGUCCACGCAGCAGAGCUCAAACUGAGAUCAAAAGGGCUAUGGGAUCUCCCACACCCAUGGCUCAAUCUCCUCAUCCCGCGCAGCAAAAUCCACACCUUCGCCGACGGCGUCUUCGGCAACAUUCUAACCGACACCAACAGCGGCCCCGUUCUCAUCUACCCAGUGAACAAAUCAAAGUAAAAAUCAACACGCUCUUGUUUUUUUUCGUUCAGGCAUUUCGUCGAACAUAUUGUGAUCGCUGCCUUUAUUUAUCCAGGUGGGACAACAGAACGUCAUUUGUGACGCCGGAUGAAGACGUGUUCUACCUCGUGGCGUUUCUCCCGCACGCGGCGGAGAGCGAGGGGCUGCAGCAACUGCAGGAUCAGAACAGGAGAAUCUUGAAUUUCUGCGAUUCGGCGGAGUUGGGAGUGAAGCAGUAUCUGCCUCACUACGAAUCGCAGGAGGAAUGGAGGGCCCACUUCGGGCCGCGGUGGGAGAUCUUUGCGCAGAGGAAAUCGGCAUAUGAUCCUCUAGCGAUUCUCGCUCCGGGACAGAGAAUUUUCCAGAAAUCCAUAUCGAUUUUAUGACAAUGUCUGAAAAGAGAAAAAACGAUGAUACAAAAAGCUGAAUGUGGGAUUAAAAUAUUGUAUUUAUUUUUAGAUAUUUAAUUAUCGCUAUUUUUAUACCUUCUCAAAACAAAACUAAUGUAAUUAAACUUUAUUUUAAUAAAAUAAAUAAUUAAUUAA